CUUUUAUUUGAAAUCUAAGUUAAAGAAGGUUCAGUUGAACAAGCUGAACUUUGAGUGUUAGACCGCCAUUUGUAAAUCUUUGGGGGAUUUCAGUGAUUACUGUUUGAAGAUCUGCACGUGAUCAGAAUUCCCAGUGGAGGCUUUGUUAUUGUCAGCCUGGACGGUGAUAUAUGUUAGAACAGAGCAAAACGCUUCAGUGGCUGCUCAGCAGAAGAGCAGCUCAUGACUUUACCCCGUCCCCAUCAACUCAUGACAAGCUAGAAGUCAACACGAUGGAAUAUUUUACACUGUCUGCAUUCAACGAUACUGUCAACCACAGAGCUGUUCUCUUUUGUCUUUCCUUGAUGUGUUAUAUUCUGAUUGUGUUUUUCAACAUUUCUCUGGUUUUAACCAUUGUUUUGGAUGAAAGGCUGCAUGAGCCCAUGUAUAUUUUGCUGUGCGUUUUCUGCAUCAAUGGACUUUAUGGAGCGGCUGGUUUUUACCCACGAUUCCUGGCUGACGUGCUGUCGUCCGCUCAGGUCAUCUCAUACGGCGAGUGUCUCUGCCAAGCGUUCGUGCUGUACUCGUACGUCUGCAGCGACACGUCUAUUCUUGCAGUUAUGGCUUAUGACCGAUAUCUGGCCAUUUGUCUGCCGCUGGAGUACCGCACCAUCAUGACUAAGAGGAGGCUCUUUGAGCUGGUGUGUUUUUCUUGGUUAACACCGUUCUGCAUCUUCUCUAUCAACAUUGUCCUCACAACCAGACUGAAGUUCUGUGAAACAAAGAUACAGAGACUUCUUUGUGUUAACUGGAUGAUUGUAAAACUGGCUUGUCCAGGAACAAACACCACCAUAAACAACAUUUAUGCCUUUACCACCCUCUCCAUUUAUAUUUUGCACUGGUUCUUUGUUGUCUGGACGUAUAUAUAUAUAGUUAAAACAUGCUUGCAGUCUGCAGAAGACAGAGCAAAGUUCAUGCAGACUUGUGUGCCUAAUUUAAUUUCCUUGGCCACAUUUUUUGUCAUUGUGGUGUCAGAUUUGUUACACAUGCGAUAUGCUGCAAAAGAUUUUCCGGAAAGUUUUCAAAACUUUGUUUCCAUCGCGGUCGUCGUUAUUCCUCCUCUCAUGAAUCCUUUACUGUACGGAUUCAAACUGACAAAGAUUCGUAAACGAAUUCUCGUUCUGAUUCACAUGAGGAGAAAAAGUUAA